AUGGCACUUUCACCCGCUAUUGGUCUAGUUGCUUUAACAAAGGUUGUAGUCCAAGACUUACAGACCAUUUAUGAAAAUGCACAAUGCAAUCAGUAUAUUGCAAAAAUAUUACUCGAUAGAACUAAAACUGCAGAAUAUUUCUUAGAUUUAUUGUCUAGAAAUGAAGAUCAUGGAUCUCUCACAAAGAUUAUAAUUCAAGAAACGGUUGAUAUUUAUGAAAAGGUCGACAUUUAUGAAAAUAUUCAAUGCAACAAAUACACAUCAGUCAAAAACUUUGCUGAAAAAGUGACACAAUUUAGAGGAAUUAAAAAAUAUUGGAAUGCUAAUAACGUGAGAAGAAAAUUUGAUAGUUUGAUGAAAGAAUACGAUGGUUAUAUGAAUGAUUUGAAUACUACAGUGACAAUAACAAUCGCAAUUCAAAAUACGGUUGAUAUGAAGAGAAUUGAAAGAGAGUUUGAAAAAAUUGAUAAAUUAAAUGAAGAAAUUGAUUUAGAAACAAGAGAAGAAUAUAUUAAUUAUCUAAAGCUCUCAGCUAAUAAUGGACAUGGUGCAGCUCAAUAUAAACUUGGCGAUCAUUAUUUGUCUACUAACAAAGAAAUUGCAUUGAAGUAUUUAAAUCUUGCAGCUGCUCAAAAUAAUAAUAAUGCUAAAGAAAAAUUAAAAAUUUUACGGUAG